AAGGUAGGUGGACGUGUGACGAAAGGGGUUGCUUAAAAAUACGACAAGGAAGUGGAGCUUUAGUAACGUCGGUUAAAUCAUAUUGAAAGGAGUAAAAUAAAUAUUUGCAUAUUUAUAUAUUGAUAGUUAUAUUUGGAAGGUUGUAGUAAGUGUCGGGAGGGUAAAGUCGGGCUCGGACUUACCCGGAAACCCGCUGCUAGCCAUUUUAGCUGCAUAACAGCGGAUUCAGCGAUGAACACGGACGUGGAAUUUCACAUCAGGCAAAAUUAUCCGUGGAACAAGCUGCCAGCUAAUGUCAAGCAGAGUCUUGGAAACUCACAGAGGGAAUAUGAAAAGCAGGUCUUGCUGUACAGCAUACGAAACCAGCUGCGGUUUCGCAAUAAUCUGGUCAGACACGUGAAGAAGGACGAGCGGAACUAUUAUGAGGAACUGCUGAAGUACAGCCGCGAGCACCUGAUGCUGUACCCGUACCAUCUGUCCGACAUCACGGUCAAAGGGUUGCGGGUCACUCCCUUCUCGUACUACAUCAGCAUCAUGGAGGACAUUAUGAACAGUGAGAAGAGCUACGACUCUUUGCCAAACUUCACUGCCGCUGACUGUCUGAGGCUUCUCGGCAUUGGGCGGAACCAAUACAUCGAUCUGAUGAACCAGUGCAGGUCAUCCAAAAAAUUCUUCCGUAGAAAAUCAGCAAGGGAUCUUCUGCCAGCCAAACCAGUGGAGAUCUCAGUGGAGCCGUGGUGGGUAGCGCAAACCGGCUUCAUCACCGAGGAUGACAUAAGGAUCUGUUCUUCAGCGGAGAAGAGGGCCAUUGAUAAGAUGAUUGAUUCCGGACCCCAGCUGGCUGGAUCAAUGGAGUACAAUGUGGUUCUCAGUCUGUAUAACCGGGGCUUUAUAUACCUUGAUGUUCCCAUAUCUGAUGACAGCUGUAUAUCAGUGCCACCUCUAGAGGGUUUCGUCAUGAACAGGGUCCAGGGCGAUUACUUCGAGACACUGUUGUACAAAAUCUUUGUGUCCAUUGAUGAGCAGACCAACGUGUCAGAGCUGGCGAAUGUACUGGAGAUUGACUUGGGCCUGGUGAAGAAUGCUGUGUCCAUGUACUGCCGACUUGGUUUUGCCAUCAAGAAAGGUCAGGUGAUCAGCCCCGACCAGCUGCACCUGUCAUGGAAAAGCGCUCCCUCUGUCAACAGACUAAAGGGCACUAUGGACCCUCAGAAGAUGCUGCUAUCCUGGGAGGGGGGCAGUCCAGUUAUGGAGGCUGGUUCCUCUGCUACUGACACAGACACCACCAGUUUGGAGGACCAAGAUGCAGUGAGUGUGAGUAGUUUAAGUAUUCCUGUGGCCCCUACAAAGAGAAUCGCCUUCCUGUUUGAUUCCACCCUCACAGCCUUCCUCAUGAUGGGCAACCUUUCCCCCAAUUUAAAGAGCCAUGCAGUGACCAUGUUUGAGGUGGGAAAGCUGUCAGAUGAGACCCUGGACAGUUUUUUGAUGGAACUGGAGAAGGUGGAGAGCACUGCUGAAGGAGAAGCUCAGAGGUAUUUUGAUCAUGCACUUACCCUCAGGAACACAAUACUCUUUCUGCGCUACAACAAAGAGCUCACUCCUGAUCAGGGCCCCGACAUACCAAAUAUAGGCCUGCCUCUGGACCUCCUCCGAUGUGAGAGUCUGCUGGGAUUGGAUCCUGCCACCUGCAGCCGGGUGCUCAACAAGAACUACAAGCUGCUGGUUUCCAUGGCGCCGCUAAGCAACGAGAUCCGACCAAUCAGCAGCUGUACACCUCAGCACAUUGGGCCAGCAAUCCCUGAGGUUAGCUCCAUUUGGUUUAAGCUGUAUUUGUACCAUGUGACUGGGCACGGCCCUCCUUCUCUGCUGCUGUCCAAGGGCUCUAGACUACGGAAACUACCAGAAAUCUUCCAGGCCUAUGACAGGCUCCUCAUCACGUCCUGGGGUCAUGACCCUGGUGUGGUGCCCACGUCAAAUGUCCUGACCAUGCUGAACGAUGCCUUGACUCACUCCGCGGUGCUCAUACAGGGUCAUGGCAUGCAUGGACAUGGGGAAACGGUUCAUAUCCCCUUCCCGUUUGACGAAGAGGACCUCAAAGGAGAAUUCUCUUAUUCCAACAUGUGUGCACACAAGGCCCUGAAGGUCCUGCGUGACAAAGUGGAUCUGGAGCACCAGUGUGGCUACAUCACAAUGUUAAACAGUAACAACAGGAACCGCCUCAGGCCUAGUGACGCAGACACAGCUGGAGACGGCGAAUUUGGUACAGGGUUUGAUGCCAAUGGAAGCAGCGAGUCUUUUGAGCUGGUUACCGACGAGAACAAUGGGGACGGCAGUAAGAAGCAGGGGACAGAAGGGUCUUCCAGUGAGGACGAGUGGGUACCUCUGGAGCUGUGCUUUGGAAUGCCGCUCUUCAGUUCGGAGCUAAACCGUAAAGUGUGUCAGAGGAUUGUCUCACACAAACUCUGCAGCAAAGACAGUCUUCAAGAACUACUACAUUCCAGUCGAAAGCUUUCCUUGAAAGUUCUGAGUUUUGUCCAAUCAUUCCAAGAUUGUAGCCAUUCCGGUGACCCGGACAGUGGGAUAUCAGCGCCUCUUUGCCAGCCGCCGGCUGAGUCUGGCGUCCCCCUCCCUGGCAUAAACCUCCUCUUUAAGGACGAGCAGCUGAAGGAGUGGAGCGGGCGAGCCCCACCUUCUCUCCACCUCUCCACCACACAAAGAGACCAGCCCACAUAAAACCACACCCUCCACCUGUCAAAAAACCUCUACACACCUUUCACCUUCACACCCAGUCCCACUCAUCCCGAUCGAUUCUCGAGCUAGCGGUGUUACUGUCUUAGCUCUGUUUUGUUACAGCCGAGCGUAACACUCGACGCUAAGUCAGUGAUCUGGACAUGAUCGCACCCCUCAUCAGCUAUCACUCUAUCUUGAGUUUAUUCCAUAUUGAGAUACAAAAUACAGGUGCAUCUCAAAAAACUUGAAUAUCGCGGAAAAGUUCAUUUCCGUCCGUAAUUUAAUCAAAAAAGUGGAAUUUCAUAUAUUCUAGAUUCGUUAUACAUAAAGUAGAAUAUUUUCAAGCCUUGUUUUGUUUUAAUCUUGAUGAUUACGGCUUACAGCUCAUGGAAAUCAAAAAUCCAUUAUCUCAAAAUAUUAGAAUAAAGAAUUUAUAAUACAGAAAUGUUCCAUUUUUUGCAUUAAAUUAUGGGGGAAAAAUUUACUUUUCCACGAUAUAUACAUUUUUUUUGAGAUGCACCUGUAAACUCAUAUAAGUGUGACUUUGCUUGGAAAAGAAUAGGACAAGUCCUGUGGUUGGAUGAAGUCACCCAGGUAUCUUGUAAUUAUGCCUAUUUGUACUGUCAUGUCGUGUGAUCUGAUGCAUGAUGUCAUUGCACAAAAUCUCAGAAGAGCCAUGGAAAUGGGGUUUUUACUUUUGCACAUGCUGAUUUUCCUUUAAGUGUUUAUUUUUUAUUUUUUUAUUCUAUUUUUUUCUAAUUCAUGCUCGUUAUUUGAGCGAGAUUUUGAUUUCAUCAUAACUUUUAUUUUUAUUUUUUGGGGUAACCAGAGCAUAGGAGCAAAAUAUGCUUUCAACUUCAUUCUUUACUGUUGUAUCACCAAAGAUGAACCUUUUUUUUAAAAAAAAAAAAUAUUAUUUGCAUAACGAUUUUAGUGUUAUUUUGCAAUAUUAUACAGGAAUUGCCUGGUUCCCAGGUGACUGAAAUCAACUCUCUGCUUGUGUACUCAAUAAUCAUCGGCCUGUUUAAGGAGUUACUCAUUUGGAUUGAGUUUACAGCUCUUUUGGAGUCCAGAGAGUGUCAUCCAAUGCCUGGCUCUCACACAAACCUGGAAGAUCAUUCUUUUUUAUAUUCCUACCAGUCUCUUUGGUUAUAAUAAUGUAGUGCUGCUACUGUGUUAAAUCAUGUAGCCAGUCAGGCUCCAUUUCCCUUUUCCGGCUCUAUAGUCAUGGUUAUUAAUGAUUGCCAUGAGAUCUUGGUGCAGCAUGAUGAGUGUUUAGAAACCAAUUGUGUGUAUUGUGCAUCGUUCAUGCACCUCCUUUACCCACCUCCCUUCUUUCCCACAUUCCCUUCCGCUGACCUCCUAUUUGCACCCCACGGGACAUUCUCCUCUGGAAAACACGAACCCUGUCCAUUUCUCUGUAACUAUUCCAUCUCAGUGUUAGAGAAGAACAUGUUAGUUUUAUAAUGUCGAGCUGCAUUUUAGGAACUCUUUGUUGUAGGGUGUUUGAUGGGACUGUGAAUAAUUCUCUUGUAAUUAAAUGGGUCUAAAAGUAACAUUCCCUUUGACGCCACCCCACCCCCCAAAAAUAUAUGGCAUACCAGUAUGUACAAAGUAUAUGAUAAAUCUAAAUAAAUAAAAAUGGUGCAACGAUGUUCCCCUCAAAACCCAUUUAGACACAGUGCUUGCCUGGUGCUGUAAUUGCUACUGAAACACAAAUGCAGGGUGUCGGCAACGGGUCAGCAGAUAACGCAUAAAAAUGCAACAGUCUGAGCAAAGGUGAGAAUGUGAAAUGAGAACGGGACUGAAUGUUUUUCUCUCUGUCUCAUCAUCUUGUGCCUGAAUAUUUUCCUUCAUUGCAUUCAAAUGUAAUGUUUAUACACGUGGUGAAAUGGUGACAUUUUCUAUAAUAUACAGGCCUGAAAACUA